GACGGAUUCUGUGAAGAGAAAUUCAUGGAAGCAACGAUCGUGUUGGAUGCGGUGGGUGACGGAGUGGCAGCGAAUGUUGGAAGAGGUUGUGAAGAAGAUGGUUCGCUUCUGGCUAAUGCAUCCGAAUGUCUGCGCGAGCUGGUCGGCUGUAACGACGAGUAUGGAGGUGGCUUCGUAAUUUCAGUGAUCGAUCGUGAAAUGGGUAGUGACGAUGUUGAACAACCUAUGAAACCGAGGCCUCCAUUGCAUUCCCAAUCUUGA